AUGCUGCCCGCAGCAGCACGUCGUGCUGGCUGCUCGCUCGGACACCUUGGUCUCCUGCGCGCAGGAAUAUCCACACGGCCACUCCGUACCCAACUGCGUCCAUUCCCAGAGCGCGACUUCUUCACUUCUGCUCGCGCACUCGUCGUUGGACCGAGUACGUCGCAGCCGCUACCACCGCCUCCGCGGGCCACGUUCUUGAAGCGUGCGCGCACAGUUGCUCGAUACUCGUUUUACCUGCUAGGCUCGACCGUCGUCGGCGCGGCAGUUCUCACGUCUGCGAUCUUCCUCCACGACGCGUUUACCUACACUGAUCGUCACAUUGAUGGUGUCCCGGUUUCCCCCCUUGCACUCAACCCCGAGCGCGGAGGUCCGAAGAAUCUUCCCAUUCUCCGGCGGUUGCUCAGUGACUAUGAAGACACGGACAACUCCGACUUGGUCGAGAAACCCCACCUUGUCAUCGUCGGAGGUGGCUGGGGAGCAGUAGGUAUCCUGAACACUCUGCGGCCUGGCGACUACCACGUUACGGUUGUCUCUCCUGAAACGUAUACCACAUUCACGCCACUGUUACCCUCUGCGGCAGUCGGUACUGUACAGUUGCGUUCGCUCGUAGAACCACUCCGGAAAAUCAUUGCGCGCCUACAUGGCCAUCUCGUAUAUGGUAGUGCUAUGGACCUCGUCAUGAGCGAACGUCUGCUUGAAGUGGAGGUUAAUCGCAUACAGGGGGACGGGAGCAAGGUUACUGAGCGGAUCUAUGUCCCGUAUGACAAACUGGUAAUUGCGGUCGGUUCAACGAGUAGUACGCACGGUGUUCCUGGAUUGCAGCACUGCUUCCAGUUGAAGACAAUCAAGGAUGCACGGAAAAUUAGACAACGUAUAUUAGACAAUUUCGAGACCGCCUCGCUACCAACAACCACACCCGAGGAACGAAAACGCUUAUUGAGUUUCGUCGUGUGCGGUGGUGGACCUACAGGAGUGGAAGCGGCAGCGGAGAUCUACGACUUAUGCCAGGAGGACGUGAUGAAUUAUUAUCCUAAAAUCUGCCGCGAGGAGGUUUCGAUUCACCUGAUUCAAAGCCGGGAACACAUCCUGAACACGUACUCUGAGGCAAUCUCGAGAUAUGCGGAGAAUAAGUUCCUGCAUGAUGAUAUCGAUCUCAUCACAUCCGCCCGAGUGGCGGCAGUGCACGAUGACCGUGUGGAGUAUUCGAUACGCGGGGAGGACGGAAAACGCGAGACUCGUUCCAUUCCAACAAACUUUGUGCUGUGGAGCACGGGAAUCGCAAUGAACCCAUUCACGGAGCGUGUAUCAAAUCUGCUGCCAAAUCAAGUGCACAAGAAAGCCAUUGAGACAGACGCGCAUCUACGAGUCAAAGGCGCACCGGUCGGUGAGGUGUAUGCUAUCGGUGACGCGAGCACGAUCGAGACUUCAGUGGUCAGCUACCUCUUGGAACUUGUUGAUGAAGCGGACAAGAACAAGGAUGGGAAAAUUGACUACGACGAGUGGGAGAUAAUGGUCAACCGCAUCAAGGCCCGCAUUCCUAUGGCUGAGUCGCAGCUGCAACAAGUCCGGGAACUAUUCGACCUGUACGACAAGGACGCAGAUAACAGCCUCACGCUCAACGAACUCGCGGUACUUCUACAGGAGAUUGGGAACAAGAUCACGGCAUUGCCUGCAACGGCACAAGUAGCAUCCCAGCAAGGCAAGUAUCUCGGGAAGAAGUUCACAAAGCUGGCGAAGCAGCGGGACGUUCUUAUCAUGAACGGCGUCGCGGACGGGCCAGGUGCAGACGAGGCUGUGUCGGGGCCGUUCAAAUAUUUGCACCUCGGUUCACUCGCGUACAUCGGGAAUGCGGCGGUAUUUGACCUGGGCAAGAUGAGUUUCAUGGGCGGACUCGCCGCCAUGUACGCGUGGAGGAGUGUGUACUGGAGCGAGCAGGUCAGCUCCCGGACGCGGGCGCUGCUCAUGAUAGAUUGGAUUCGGCGUAUGGGGCAGGGACCUGUCGCGACUGUAAUUCAAGCCAUGAAAAUGUACUUGCACCGCACGGGCCAUAGGGGGCUGACUUUAAGAUGGGUAUGGGCCGACGCAGGUUCUCAUGCCCAUUUUUCGACUGGUCGUUAG